AUGCAGGUUUCCUUCGACGUCAAAGGAGUCAUAGCACCCGUCUUCACGCCGAUCGACGAUGCAGGAUGUGUCAACUUCUCAGUCAUACCGGAAUACUUCAACUACUUACAUGAGAAUGGCGUGCAAGGAAUACUGGUGGGCGGCACCACCGGUGAGUCCAUCACACUGAGCUUGGAGGAGCGCCGGGCUGUUCUCGAAGCCUGGGUGAAAGCCAGACCAGAGGGCAUGAGGAUCAUCAUGCAAGUUGGUGGCGUGCCCAUGCCUGACGUCAUCAAGAUGGCACAGUACGCUGAGCAACUGAAAGCCGACGCCAUAAUGACCCUCCCAGAGAUAUACUACAAGCCGAAGACCGUGGAACACCUGGUGGACUACCUGCAUGCGGUCUCGAGCGCUGCGCCCUCGCUGCCCCUACUCUAUUACCACUUCCCAAUGAUGAGUGGAGUCGACGUAAACAUGCCAGAAUUCUUCAAACUGGCUUCGGCAAGGAUCCCCAACUUCAAAGGAAUGAAGGCAGAUCUGGGAGUGGCGUUACAAGUUUCUGACCAACUCGGAGAAGACCAGAGAAUAUUCAAUGGAAAUCAUCUUGUGGCUCCACCAGUUUUGCUCGGCCACGAUUCCAGCAUCGCAACUGUGACCAACAUGUUUCCCAGACUAGUAAGGGGCGUGAUCGAGGCGGUAAAAGGUGGUGAGGUGGUCAAAGCCAGGGCUCUCCAGGAGAAACUGAGCAAUCUGGUCACUGCUAUAUCUUCUCAAGGCGAGUUCCUUCCGACCAUGAAAGCAGCCAUGCCGAUGAUAACCGGAAUCCAGGUGGGGCCACCUCGUCGACCGCUAGCCAGCAUCGAUGACCUAAAGAAGGGUCAGCUUAUGGAGAACCUCAGGAGACUGAAUUUUGGCCGAAUGGAGGAUGCAUGAGCGUUA